AACGCUCUCGCCAACAGCUGGAGAUGGGUGAACCGCUUUCUUCAGUCACUGUUCGAUGCGCAGCGGCAGAAGUGACGGAAUAAGGAGCUGAAGCUUUUGUGUAUAUACAGGAUAUAGGCCUAGGCAUAUCACUUUAAUGAAAUAUUUUCAGACAGGCUGUCGACUGAGAUAAUGUUGUGCGUUAGAGUAUGUGGUCAAUUUGGGGUCGUGUUCGUGCAAGGAUACAUUGGGAAUUAAGGUUUUUAAACAAAGUGUCGGCAGAAUUCAAACCAAAAGAGAUGUAUGGAUUUAUCAACACCUGUUUGAAGUCGCUGGUUGUUGACAAGUUUGGCGAGGAGACAUGGAUGAAGCUCAGAGAUGAGGCCGGGGUUCAAGAUACAUUCUUGACAUAUGAAGUGUACAAAGACGACAUCACCAUGCAACUGGUGGCUGCGGCCUGCAAGCUACUGGAUGUUAAACCAGAGGUGGUGUUGAGACAAUUUGGGGAAUACUUUUUUGACUUCUGUAAACGAUCUGGAUACGACCACAUGUUACGGACUCUGGGAGGUAACCUGUUCGAGUUUAUCGAGAAUCUGGAUGCACUGCACAGCUACCUCGCCCUUUCUUACAAGGAGAUGAACGCGCCGUCAUUUCGAGCGGAGAGGAACGGUGACGGCACGAUGUUUCUUCACUAUUACUCCGACCGCCAAGGCCUAUGCCAAAUUGUACCCGGUAUCAUUGAAGCUGUAGCAAAAGACUUCUUCAACAGCGAGAUAACGAUGGAAAUCGUCAACCAAAUAGAGGAAGUAGAGAGGACAGGAAAGAAGGAGCAUGUAGUAUUCCUCGUCACUCAGAAACCGACAUUUUCGAAUGUAAUGUGCAGUAACACGCUCUCACAGACACCGCCAUGUUUGUCCAGAGGCCCCAGGCGCAACGCAAUGCACUGGAACCCAAACAAGGAGGACAUACAGAAAUCUUUGCAGAGGAAACUCCAAUCUCGGGGAUUUUCCAUGUGUAGGAACCACUGGGAGACUGUGAGGGGGCUGGUCCAGCUUGGGAAUGGCAAACUCUUGAGAGGAUUUGAGCCAGUCUACCCGAAGAACCUUUGCAUCGACCUGAAGACAUUUUGCAAUGCCUUUCCCUUCCAUAUAGUGUUCGACAAGGAGCUGAUGGUGAGACAGGCAGGGGUGAACAUCCAGAAGAUCGUCCCCGGGCUGCAGACCAUGAGCAUUCACCUGGACCAGUACUUCAGUAUCGUCCACCCCGAGGUCACCUUCACCAUCUCCAGCAUCAGGAAGUUCAUCAACAGCCACUUUGUCCUGCAGACGCGACGGGACAUGAUGCCCGAGGCCUGGAGGGAUAGACCCAUGCUGGAGCUCAGAGGUCAGAUGUUGUGGAUGGAGUCUCUGCAGUGCAUGCUGUACCAGGCCUCCCCUUUGCUGCGAAGCCUCCACGAGCUGGAGGAGCGGAGCAUGCACAUCUCUGACAUCGCCCCUCACGACGUCACGCGGGACCUCAUCCUGCUCAACCAGCAGCGGCUGGCCGAGAUGGAGCUCUCCAACCAGCUGGAGAGGAAGAAGGAGGAGCUCCGACAUCUGUCCCAGCAUCUGGAGGAGGAGAGGACCAAGACGGAGAACCUGCUGUACGCCAUGCUGCCCAAACAUGUGGCCAACCAGCUGAAGGAGGGGAAGAGAGUGGAAGCAGGAGAGUUCAAGGAGUGUACCAUCCUCUUCAGUGAUGUGGUCACCUUCACCGACAUCUGCUCGGAGUGUGAGCCCAUCCAGAUCGUCAACAUGCUCAACUCCAUGUACCUCAAGUUCGACCGGCUCACCACAGUACACACAGUUUACAAGGUGGAGACCAUAGGUGAUGCCUACAUGGUGGUAGGUGGCGUGCCCAUCCCGGUGUCCAGCCAUGCUGAGAGGGUGGCCAACUUUGCCCUGGGCAUGAUCAUAGCAGCUCGGGAGGUCAUCAACCCCAUCACAGGGGGGCCUAUCCAGAUCCGGGUGGGUGUACACAGCGGGCCGGUUCUAGCUGGUGUGGUGGGGGAGAAGAUGCCUCGGUACUGCCUGUUCGGAGACACAGUAAACACGGCGUCUCGCAUGGAGAGCCACGGCCUCCCCAACAAGAUCCACCUCAGCCCCAGUGUUUACCUGGUUCUGAAAGACAAGGGCUUCAUGUUCCAGGAGCGAGGGGAGAUCGAUGUGAAGGGGAAAGGCAGGAUGUCCACCUACUUCCUGGAAGGGAACCUGACCGUCACGGAGCACGAGCUCAUGGGCCGUUCAGUUAAGGAGGCCGACUCGGGCCGUGCGUCUGUCCAGUCGGCACGGGACUGCAACACAGAGGCAGCCCUGUACAGACCGGCCAUCCAGAGGGUGCAAAGUGAGGACAGGAAUCCUGCAGUGCCCAUGGAGUAUGGAGACGGCCUGACCGACCCGCCGCCCUCAGUCCAGCUCACUGACCCCCAGCCACAAGCCAGAGCCAAGAGCCUCAAAGGAAAACCUCGGGACUCAGAGAGCUACGGCAGUCUCUACAGUGACAACAAGUCAGUGGAGGGAGGUCUCCUCAACCCAGACCACCAGCUGUCCCAGAGUCCCACUCCCAUAGAGGCUGAGGCUCCUCCUUCCACCAAACACAUCCGGACCAGUUUCUGUGUUGUCCUCUGAGCUGUUGUAGUACUAUCCAGACUAGUCACUGUAGACCCGUUUAUACCUGGUGCUAACACAUACGUCCUUGCUCCUGAUCUUGUCAUCAUUCUGAUUGUGCCCACAUUUUAGCUGUUGCAUCUACACAUGAUAAGAGACACAUAGUAAAAUGUGUCUCUUGUCCUUGUGACCAGAUUUCCUGGUCCCUCCCGGUAUGCAAUACAAUAAUUUAAGACACAUGUUGAUAAGUCAAUGGUGCCAACUGUCAAUGAUAUUAGAGGGAGGGAUAAUGAUGAUUUAAUACGUUUUACUGUCCAGAUCCGCCUAAGAUAUUCAUACACAAUGCAUCCCUAACUACCUCCAGAGGUUGUCAGGAGCAUCAGAUCACAAUACAUAUUCUAAUCGUCUACACCUGUCUAAAAAGGCGGGCACAAUUCGAAUGUGGACAAGAUCUGGCAAAGGACGCAUGUUAGCACCAGGUAUAAACUGAGCUCAAGUGACCCACCCAUUCAAUUGGAUCAUAACUGCUGGAAAAUAGGACAUUCAAUUAAAUUGGACUCUCUCUGCUGAUGAGCCUAUACUCUGAGACUACAGUGUUUUAUGAAUAUUGAAAUUACAGUGUCUAUGGUCAUCUUGCUAAUGUUUCAUUGAAUGUGAUCUCUCCCCCAGAGCACUGCUAUCUAUGUGAUAUAUAGAAGUCAACUGUAACCAGACUAGUACCUCUGGUCCAGGGCACUAUGAACCAAGAUGGCGGAGCAGUAAGACGUGUUUGUCAGACAAGUACCUCUGGUCCAGGGCACUAUGAACCAAGAUGGCAGAGCAGUAAGACGUGUUUGUCAGACAAGUACCUCUGGUCCAGGGCACUAUGAACCAAGAUGGCGGAGCAGUAAGACGUGUUUGUCAGACUAGUACCUCUGGUCCAGGGCACUAUGAACCAAGACGGCGGAGCAGUAAGACGUGUUUGUUUCCGUCCUUGUAAAUAUUGUCUUUUUCUUUCUUUUUUUUGGUAUAUAUUUCAUUAUAUUUCAAUCUCUUUUUUCCAUUUUUUUCGAAUUAAAUAUACCUUCUUGCAACCCGCCUCACCCAAUGUGGUACGGAUCUGCUAAUUUUUAGACCUUAUAACUGGAACCUUCAUCAGCAGCCAGCAAGUUAAUAAGCUACUAGCUUUUUAGUCAUUGUUAGCCACUGCUAGCGGUCAUUAUCUUUAGCUCGGACUCCAGCCGCUUUAGCCCGGAUAGCCUGGAUAAUACCUGCCAGUCUGCACAGCACGAUAUCAGCCCUGAGCACAUCGGACUGCUUUUUUCCUUCACUACAUCACCGGAUUCCUGCCGCAAGCUCUGGACUAUUACACCGGAUCUUCGCAGCUAGCUAGUUGUUACCGAGUGGCUAUUGUGGCUAACGCCCUUUUCCAGAAGCAUGCACCAGCUAGCCUCGAGCUAGUCUCGAGCUAGGCCCAUGUCCCGGCUAACAAACGAAGUACACCAACUACAAUACCUCUCUUGCCAAUUGGCCUGGACCCUUUGUCCAAGCCCCGCCGAUCCGUCACGACUGGUCUGCUGACGUAAUUCGGCCGAUGUGCUCUCAACCGGCCUCUGUGUCGUGGAUGUUGGUGUUGAUCUAUCUGCUAGCCCCGACCUGCUAGCUUCCUGAACGCCGUGUCUCCCACACGCCUUGCGUAGGAAUCUACUACCGAACGACUUCCUGUUUCAUCUUUGCUGCUCAUUGGACCCUAUGAUCACUCGGCUACACAGCUGAUGUCUACUGGACUGUUCAUUAACACGAUACUUCAUUUUGUUUAUCUGUCGGCCCUAGCCUCGAACUCAGGCUCUGUAUGUAGCUAACUGACACUCUCUGCCCAUUCAUCGCCAUUUACCCGUUGUUGUUGUCCUAGCUGUUUACCCGUUGUUGUCUUAGCUCUCCCAAUCAACACAUGUGAUUGCUUUAUGCCUUUCUCUAAUGUCAAUAUGCCGUGUAUACUGUUGUUUAGGGCAGCGCUCAUUGUUUUAUUUUACUGCGGAGCCCCUAGUCCUGCUCAACAUGCCUCAGAUAGCCCCCUUGUCUCACCCCCCACACAAGAGGAGACCGCACCUAGCUUAACUGACGCCUCCAGAGAUGAAACCAUUGUCACUCAGUGCCUAGGUUUACCCCCCACUGUACUCACACCCUAACAUACCCUUGUCUGUACACUAUGCCCUGAAUCUAUUCUACCACGCCCAGCAAUCUGCUCCUUUUAUUCUCUGUUCCCAAAGCACUAGACUGCCAGUUCUUAUAGCCUUUAGCCGUACCCUCAUCCCAGUCCUCUUCUGUUCCUCUGGUGAUGUAGAGGUUAACUCAGGCCCUGUGUGUCCCCAGGCGCUCUCAUUUGUUGACUUCUGCAACCGUAAAAGCCUUGGAUUCAUGCAUGUUAACAUCAGGAGCCUCCUCCCUAAGUUUGCUUUAUUCACUGCUUUAGCACACUCCGCCAACCCUGAUGUCCUAGCCAUGUCUGAAUCCUGGCUUAGGAAGGCCACCAAAAAUUCUGAAAUUUCCAUCCCCAAUUACAACAUUUUACGUCAAGACAGAACUGCUGAAGGGGGCGGAAAUGCAAUCUACUGUAGAGAUAGCCUGCAGAGUUCUGUCAUACUAUCCAGGUCUAUGCCCAAACAGUUCAAGCUUCUACUUUUAAAGAUCCGUCUCUCCAGAAAUAAGUCCCUCACUGUUGCCGCUUGUUAUAGACCCCCCACAGCUCCCAGCUGUGCCCUGGACACCAUAUGUGACAUCAGCUGAUGUAAGAAGGGCUUUAUAAAUAAAUUUGAUUGACAUGUGAAUUGAUUGCCAUCCCAUCUAUCGUCAGAGUUCAUACUGCUAGGUGACCUAAAUUGGGAUAUGCUUAACACCCCGGCCGUCCUACAAUCUAAACUAGAUGCCCCCAAUCUCACACAAAUUAUCAAGGAACCUACCAGGUACAACCCCAAAUCCGUAAACAUGAGCACCCUCAUAGAUAUUAUCCUGACCAACCUGUUUUCUCAUUACACCUCUGCUGUUUUCAACCAGGAUCUCAGCAAUCACUACCUCAUUGCGUGCGUCCGUUAUGGGUCUGCGGUCAAAAGACCACCCCUCAUCACUGUCAAUCACUCCCUAAAAGACUUCUGCGAGCAGGCCUUUCUAAUCGACCUGGCCCGGGUAUCCUGAAAGGAUAUUGACCUCAUCCCGUCAGUAGAGGAUGCCUGGUUAUUCUUUAAAAGUGCUUUCCUCACCAUCUUAAAUAAGCAUGCCCCUUUCAAAAAAUGUAGAACUAUGAACAGAUAUAGCCAUUGGUUCACUCCGGACUUGACUGCCUUUGACCAGCACAAAAACACCCUGAGGUGUACUGCACUAGCUUCGAAUAGUCCCCACGAAAUGCAACUUUUCAGGGUAGUCAAGAACCAAUACACACAGUCAGUUAGGAAAGCAAAGGCAGCUUUUUCAAACAGAAAUGUGCAUCCUGCAGCACUAAUUCCAAAAAGUUUUGGGACACUGUAAAGUCCAUGGAGAAUAAGAGUACCUCCUCCCAGCUGCCCACUGCACUGAGACUAGAAAACACUGUUACCACCGAUAAAUCCAUGAUAAUCGAGAAUUUCAAUAAGCAUUUCUCUAUGGCUGGCCAUGUUCUCCACCUGGCUACCCCAACCCCUGCCAACAGCUCUGCACCCCCCGCAGCAACUGGUAGGUAUAUUUCACUGGUCAUCCCCAAAGCCAACACCUACUUUGGCCGCCUUUCCUUCCAGUUCUCUGCUGCCAAUGACUGGAACGAAUUGCAAAAAUCACUGAAGUUGGAGACUUACAUCUCCCUCACUAACGUUAAGCAUCAGCUGUCAAAGCAGUUUACCGAUCGCUGCAGCUGCACACAGCCCAUCUGUAAAUAGCCCAUCCAACCAACUACCUACCUCAUCCCCAUAUUUGUUUUUCUGAUCUUUUGCACACCAGUAUUUCUACUUGCACAUCCUCAAUCUGCACAUAUAUCACUCCAGUGUAAAUUGCUAAAUUGUAAUUAUUUCCCCACUACGGCCUAUUUAUUGCCUUACCUCCCUAAUCUUACUUCAUUUGCACACACUGUAUACAGAUUUUUCUAUUGUGCUAUUUACUGUACGUUUGUUUAUCCAUGUGUAACUGUGUUGUUGUUUUGUCACACUGCUUUGCUUCAUCUUGACCAGGUCACAGUUGUAAAUGAGAACUUGUUCUCAACUGGCCUACCUGGUUAAAUAAAGGUGAAAUAAAAAUAAAAAAAAUAGUGUGCAUAGGUAACUCGUUGUCGUUGUGUGAUGGGACCAGAGCUACCAGACUGCAGGGUGAACGUAUACCAGACCUGUGUUCAAAUAAUAUUUAAGGCAUUUCAAUUACUUUCAAAGACAUUUCAAAGUGAGUAUUUUAUAAUUUAUUUUAAUUUUCAAUACAAAUAGUUGAAUAUUGGAAUGAAUAUGGAAAUGCUGGAAAUACACAUGGCAUGUAUUUGAAAAAUACUCAAAUAUUCAAAUCCAUGCAAAUCCACUCGGGAGCCCCUAUUUAUAGGAAGUUAUUUGAAAAUACUUCAAUUAGAAGUAGCUGAUUUGGCAACAUUUUUUAAAAAAUACUAAAAUGCACAGAAAAUUAGUAUUUAAAUAACAAAGAGUGUGCAAAGCUGUCAUCAAGGCAAAGGGUGGCUACUUUGAAGAAUCUAAAAUCUAUUUUGAUUUGUUUAACACUUUUUUGGUUACUACAUGAUUCCAUAUGUGUAAUGUCAUAGUUUGAUGUCUUCACUAUUAUUAUACCGUGUAGAAAAUAGUCAAAAUAAAGAAAACCUUUGAAUGAG